CUUCUGCAGAGCCCCACACCACCGGCACCGGGGGCACCGGCUUGUGCAGCGCAGUGUGUUGUGAGUGUUGUGUGGGUUCGGUCGUGGUGCUGUUCUCAAGCCUCUGCCGCUGCUCUAGGGCUAGGAGCAACGCCUAUCGGAAACGUGACCUUCGUGACCGCAGAGAUGUGCAUCUGCAGAAUUUUCUUCGGGCUGACCCUCGUCCUGAGGACGGUGGUGCAUCUGUUUGUUGCGGUUGUGGCCGCAAAGGAUCUGAAUGACAUCUUGAAAAUUACCAACGACCCUUUUGAAAGGAUCGUAAACAAAGGGGUUUCCUUAACGACAGGUUUCGAUUUGAACGAAUCGAUCAAAGAUCAGUGUACGAUCCCAUUGGCAUUUUACAUUUUCCUGGGGGUUUGGCUUUUCAUUCUUACAUGCCUUUUCCCUUGGAGGAAAGCGCACAAGUCGCGUCUCACGCUCUACGCCAUGCUUCACAUGUUUUUCAUGUUUGCCGUUGUGUACAUGGUGUACAUUAGAGGGAUCAGCAACAUUGCCAAGUAUAUCAGCCGUUUCCAAAAGGUCGUCGGGGAUGAGCCUAAUCCUGUCUAUGAGUUUAUGGCUCAGCCUGAGCUCUUCCCUGUCAGCUUAGUCUUUGAUGUACUUACAUUCAUAGCGGCCUGCCUGUCCUCUGAUAAGUCUGAUGGAGUUAUUGUCAGUACUUUGCCGCUCUACCGGAUGGUGAGUGGCGUUUCAGUCAGAGUCACAGGACAGGCCCCUCCUGCUAUGCCCAGACACGACUGGGCUGGUGAUGCAUCCAAGCUCAUGAGCCCUCCUGCUUAUUCCCCUGUGCAAACUGAUCCUGUGCAGAACUCGUUCCCCUCCACCCGGAUUGGAGGGUAGCUGGAGCUGCGGCGCUGUAGCUAUCAAGCGGAUGGCAACAAUCUCAAGCAGGAUGGACAACUAGCCAAGGCUGCUAAAUUUCUUAUUUUUUGUGUUUCUUGUAAAAGAAUGUGAGUUGUAUUUUUCUAUUGACUUUUCGUACCGUAUUGUACUACUACUUAUAGACAAAGUGUGCGUGACAUGUGCAGAAUAAGACACAUUUGCCCUUAA